CUCCUUCUCCUCCUGUCCCAGUCACUCUCUCUCUCUCCUCUGAGAGGAGCUAACAGCUUCUCCUUCAUUCUUCCUCAACGGACUGGAGCAAUGAACGAUAGUCCCUUGCAAGUGCUGACUUUGCCUACUUCUCCGUACCCUGACCAGAGGCCCGGAACCAAUGGCCUGAGGAAGAAGACCCAUGUUUUCCAGUCUGAAAAGUACUACCUGCACAACUUCAUUCAAUGCAUCUUCUCCUCCAUCGACCUGCGGGACAGGCAGGGCUCCACUAUGGUGGUGGGUGGAGAUGGACGCUACUUCAAUUCGACUGCCAUUCAGGUCAUAGUGCAGAUGGCUGCCGCUAAUGGGGUGGGUCGUGUUGUGAUCGGUCAGAAUGGCAUCAUGUCGACGCCCGCUGUGUCGUGUGUGAUCAGGAAGAUCAAAGCUAUCGGUGGCAUUAUUCUCACAGCCAGUCACAACCCUGGAGGACCUGACGGAGACUUCGGCAUCAAAUUCAAUACUGCCAGUGGAGGUCCAGCACCAGAGGCUGUCACGAAUAAAAUCUUCCAGUUGAGCAGAACCAUAGAGGAGCUUGCCAUCUGUCCUGAACUCAGAGUCGAUCUGGGGACUAUCGGCAAGCAGUCCUUCGACCUGGAGAACAAAUUCAAACCUUUUACAGUGGAAAUUGUGGAUCCAGUCGAAUCCUAUGCCAACUCACUGAGGAACAUCUUCGAUUUCGCUGUUCUAAAGGAGCUUCUGUCCGGAGACAACCACAUACAAAUCCGUUUAGAUGCCAUGCAUGGAGUGACUGGGCCAUAUGUGAAGAAGAUCCUGUGUGAGGAGCUGGGCUCCCCUGCAAAUUCAGCCAUCAACUGUGCACCUCUGGAGGACUUUGGAGGUGGCCACCCAGACCCCAACUUGAUCUAUGCCGCUGACCUUGUUGAGACGAUGAAGAGCGGACAGUAUGACUUCGGAGCUGCUUUUGAUGGUGACGGUGAGCGUAAUAUGAUCCUGGGGAAGCACGGCUUCUUCGUAAACCCCUCCGACUCAGUUGCCGUCAUCGCUGCGAACAUCUUCUGCAUUCCUUACUUCCAGCACACAGGAGUAAGAGGCUUUGCUAGGAGUAUGCCCACCAGUGCCGCUCUGGACAUGGUGGCCAGAGCCACCAAGAUCCAGCUGUAUGAGACCCCAGCCGGAUGGAGGUAUUUUGGGAGCUUGAUGGACGCAGGUCGUCUCUCGCUGUGUGGGGAGGAAAGUUUUGGCACAGGUUCUGAUUAUAUUCGAGAGAAGGAUGGGCUCUGGGCAGUGCUAGCAUGGAUGUCCAUCCUAGCAGCGAGGAGGCAAAGUGUAGAAGACAUUAUGACAGACCACUGGAGAACCUACGGGAGGAACUACUACACCAGAUUUGACUAUGAGGAAGUGGAUUUAGAUGCGGCUGUGGAGAUGAUGCUGGAUCUGGAGCUGAUGAUUUCAGACAGGGCAUUCAUAGGGCAAGUGUUUACUGUGGGGGAAAAGAAAUACCAAGUGGAGGCGGCAGACAAUUUUGAGUACAGUGACCCUGUGGAUGGAACCAUUUCACGAAACCAGGGUUUGCGGAUUGUUUUUAAAGGAGGUUCUCGCAUAAUCUUUCGUCUCAGUGUGAGCGAUAGUUUCGGAGCCACAGUUCGUCUGUAUAUCGACAGUUAUGAGAAAGAUAUAAACAAGCUCUUUCAGGACCCACAGGUGGCGCUGGCGGAGCUCGUCACCAUUGCCCUGCAGCUUUCACAGAUACAUGAAAGAACCGGGCGAAGAGGCCCUACUGUUAUUACAUGAUUAUAUUAAAUGUCAUCUUUACAUUUCAGUUUUUUUAAUAAACAUUGCUAUCCGCGAAAAGUGUAACUGCAGCAUGUGCAGACGUUCUCGAAUCCUUCACUGUCACCAUUGCUUAGCUUAUGAAUAUUAAUUACGCCACUUGACGCUUCAGGAAGGUUGCCCAGCAACGUGCCCAUGACAUAUUUAAUAUUCAUGAGCCAACCACUGACGAAAGUUGUAUUCGUGAAUGUGCUGCCCAACAACGACAUGCACUCAUAAACAAGCGCUGAUCUGAAGUGGAAGUGUAAUAUUCUGGCUGAAGUAAUUGUGAAAUGAGACGCAGUUGUGACUGACAGAAAUCAGUAACAAUGGAAGCUUAUGACCUGCUGCUGCCUUGCUCUCCAUCAACACAAGUCAUGAAGAAGAGCCAGGAGCUGGAGGUUUUUUUAUUUAUCUGUUCAAAUACAGAUUCUGAAGGUGUGGGGCUGAAGUCAAGGGAGAGGCAAGACCACUAAUCUUCAGACUCUUUUACUGUCAAGUUUUGUAAUAGAUAUCAUAAAAAUAUAGGCUUUGUAAACAAACCGGCUCCUCUUCUUUUCAAGACAAGUGUGUAGAAUUGCCUUUGAGGGGUAUCUUAGCAUAUGGAUGAAAAUUGCCACCACUAACCCAGAACUUCUGAUGGUAAACGAAUGUAAGUGAUUUGAUAUGACUGUAUUUAAAGUGAUAAAGUGGAAUACUGUACAUAAAAAGAGAGUAUCAUCAAAUCUACUGUUAGUGCUUUAUUUGCAAUCUUUGCAACUUUUUCAUUUAUAUUUGAGAACAUCUUGCAUAGAUCAACUGUAAUAGUAUUUUUAGAGUCUGAUGUGGAGAUGGUCUGCCAAAAUGAAUUGAUAUUUCUCAUUUUAGAUUCAGAUGAAUUCAUCAACUGUAGAGACAGAUGUGCAGUCCGGUCAAAUGGCAAUAAGACAGAUCAUCUCGUUCAAGCACAG